GCAUCGAGUGAGCGAGGUGUUCUGAGACCACGCACCUACCGUAGGUCACCAGGGGGUCAACUUUCAGGAGGAAGAACUUUGCAAAGAACAAAAGGAAUGUGUUGCCAAUGUUUGACUGGAAAGACCAUGUUAGCUUUGAGCUGUAACACUUCUGCUUGAAGGAGCCAGUCUUGAUUCGCUGACAAUUCCUGCUCGAAACUAUGGCCUUGCCUUGGACUGAUCCAUUUGCUGACAAGUGCUGCUUGAGAAAACAGGCAUUGCAAAGUUGUUGCAAUUGAUGGCAACCCAGCCAGUGCUAGCUGUUCUGAAGCAAAACCCUGUGUGCCUCUGUGAGUCCUUGCUAGCUUUCAACUUUCUUAAAGAUUUGGGGAAGUCAGAUGUCGGAAGAUGGUGGUGAGCUGCGCAGUUCCUUUGGUGAUGAUGUUCCCAUCACGGGGAAUCCGCGACUCGAACUCCCUGCCAGUAAGAUCAUUCAAGGAUUGGACACUCUGCAGGCAGGAAGCGUGUUCCCGCUGAUGGGGAGACCGGAAUUGAACACAGUUUUCCACAAGUCGACAUGAUGAAGUCUUGGAUGCUUGGGAAUUGAGCACGGUUCUCCAUCUUUGUAAAGAAAUGUGGCUUCGGAGUGUCGUGACAGGACACACAGUCCAGAGGGAGAGUUCAAAGAUAGCACAGAAUUCAAUGAGAACUUUCGUAAAAGCAAAAUUCAGCCGUAUUUCCGAAUAUGCCUUUGCUCACCUCCCUGCUCUCCAAUUCCUCUUGUUGAAUUCAAACACCUUCAGCAUGAUCCAAAAUGAUGCGUUCAAUGGUUUAUCUCAUCUCCAGUAUCUAUUCAUAGAGAAUAACAACAUCCAGUCGCUCUCCAAAUACACAUUCCGAGGCCUCCGGUCUCUCAACCAUCUAUCACUGGGAAACAACAAUCUGCUGGUACUUCCGAGAGACAUCUUCAGGGAUCUUCAUGUUCUGACACAUUUGGAUCUCCGUGGGAAUGCUUUCCAUUGUGAUUGUAAGGUGAAAUGGCUGAUGGAAUGGCUGCAGGUGACCAACAUGUCAGUCCCUCCAGUGUACUGUUCCAGCCCGAUGAAAUACCAGAACGUCCGGGUGAACCACCUGCCAUUGAAGGACUUUGACUGCAUCAGGACAGAAUUCAGCGUUUACCAAACCCUGCCUUUCCACGCCGUGUCCGUUGAGUCCUUCGUUCACGCCGAUGACCUCUUUGUAACCUUUGCCCAGGCCAACAAUGGGAACUGCAGUUUCUUUGUGUGGGAUCACGUCGAGAUGGUCUUCCGGACUUCGGCCAAUAUCUCCGCUCACGCUGCGGUCUACUGCAAACCGCUGGUGAUCGAGGGGCAGCUGUACGUCGUCCUGGCCCAGUUGUUCCGAGGCUCCCACAUCUACCGGUGGGACGGCUACGGGGGGACGUUCGUCAAGGUCCAGGACAUCGACACCGCCAAGAUCCAGAAGCCCAACGACAUCGAGAGCUUCACCAUCGACGGCGAAUGGUACUUUGUGAUUGCCGACAGCUCGAAGGCUGGCUCCACCACCGUGUACAAGUGGAACAAGGUGGGAUUCUAUUCCCACCACUCCCUCCACCCCUGGCACCGGGACACAGACGCUGAGUUCAUCGAGACGGACGACAAACCCAAGCUGAUCCUCGCCAGCAGCACUCAGACCCCGGUCGUCUACCAGUGGAGCAAGUCACAACGGCGGUUCACCUACCUGACCAAAAUCCCCGACAUGGCGGAGGUGCACGCCGUGAAGCACUUCCAGGCCGGCAGGGCCCUCUACCUCUGCUUGGUCCGCUUCAUCGGCGACUCCACGCUGGUCAAGUGGGAGGGCCAGCGCUUCACCGAGAUCCAGGCCCUGCCCUCCAGGGGCUCCAUGGUGGCCCAGCCCUUCCGCGUGGCCCACUGGCAGUACCUGGCCCUGGGGAGCGACUACUCCUUCUCGCACGUCUACCUCUGGGACACCGGGAAGCUGCGCUUCGGCCGCUUCCAGGACUGGGGCGUACGCGCGCCCCGGGCCUUUCAGGCGGUGCCCAUCCACAGCCUGCACCUGGUGCUGGCGCCCAGCUUCAAAGGGGACACCGUCGUCUACAGGCACCUGGUGGUCGACACCAGCGCUUAGCGGCGCCAGCCAAGGGAGCGGGCACCGCCGCCCCCCGUUCACCUUUCCCGGGCAGAGGUCCCUGACGGUUUCCCGCACUAACCUGAGUCGCAACGGCUGUCGGUUUUUUUUUUUUGGCCUCACUCAGUCCGAGAGGUCGCCAGGUUCACCAAGUUUGUCACCUCCUCACUUUGUCAGACGAAAGAUCAGAAUUUGUCGAGUCUUCCAGUCGAAUCAAAGCCUCCAGAAAGAGUCCAGCCUUCUCAGUACUCACACACCUCACCUCCAGGGCUGAGUUUGUGUGCAGACUUGUGGCUCGAGUGCCGUUUGUGGGUUUAUUUGCCGAGCUCGGAGGUUGAGUUGCGGAUGUUUUGUCUCCAGUCUGGGUGACGUCUUCAGAGCUUCGGAGCCCCCUGUUUAUUGUGUCUUCCAUUCGACUCCCGACAGUGUGGAAACAGGCCCUUCGGCCCAACCAGUCCAGGCCGACCCCUCCGAAGGGUAACCCACCCAGACCCGUUCCCCUCCGACUGACGCACCCAACACUAUCGGCAGUUCAGCAUGGCCAAUUCACCCUGACCUGCCCAUUCUUAGGAGGAAGCCGGAACGCCCAGAGGAAACCCAUGGGGAGAACAUGCAAACUCCACACAGACGGUCAUCCCGAGGUCGGAAUCGAACCGGGUCCUUAGUGCUGUGAGACAGCAGUGUGAACCACUGAGCUACUGUCCAUUGUGCUGCUUCUGGGUGUUGUGGCCGGUAUGUUGGGUCCAGGUCUCUAUGAUUAUUGGUGAAGUCUGUGGAUGAGUGCCAUGUUUCCAGAAAUUGUCCUGGACCCAGUCGACUGAGCACUGCAGCCGGACGCAGCAGGAACAGAACCGAAUAAAUUCCUGAAGACACUGUCCAGCAGCGCUUCCCAAGAGCUGUCAAAGCACUCAAGAUCUCACCUGGACAGGGGACGAAACGUCUCAAAGCCAGCUCCGCCAACAUUCGCACGACCACUGCGGUGCUUGUUCACUCUUCAUCACUGCUUGCCCUGGGACCGAAUUGGAUCGCCCCUGCGAAACCGUCACCCAGGGCACUGACCCCGCUCCCUGUCCACCCCUUGCCCGCCCUCGCAGCUCACCCGCAGACGGAAUUGUGCGGUGGGAUUCCUCGUGGGGGACUGGGGAUGUUUCGGAGCGUCUCUCCCUCCCUCUGGCAAGCGUAGCUGAACCCACAGGUCGUCUCAUUCCCAAAGGGAUUUCGCCUCGUCGUGCAGUCCGUUCGAGUGCCCCCCCAGGACGGUGACCGGCGUUACGCAAAUGCAGAGCCUUGUUCUUGUGUCUUUUGACAAGGGCUGUCGCUUUUUCUUUUCACCCUGGAGAUAAUCGUGCCUUGUCACAGUCUCAUUUCAAUGCUUCCUCUCCCUGUGCGUUUUAAAUCCUUGACAAACGUCACUCGCUUUCAGAGUUUGCUGUCUUCACUCAGUCUGGGCGACGUGGCCUGUUCACUGAUGCUCCUGUUCACUGUUUCCAGCUGAGUUUUCCAACUUCUGUAGAGGUUGGCUUCUAUCGCCAGGUGCCAACUCGUCCAAGUCUUUCAGGAAUCCUUCUCAGUCGUGUCCUGAGUGAGGUUCGAUCCAAAUGAGAGAUGUGCUGACCAAAAAAGAAAGCAGGUUCUCUGUUUGAGAAGGGGAACCAGAAAUAGCUGGAGAAACUCAGCAGCAUCUGUGGAGAGGGAACUGGAGCUCACAUUUCAAGGGGUUCAGGGACAUAACUCUUUGAAGUUUGCAUCCACCACAAAGAUUAAAAAGGCAUUUAGAAUGCUUGCCUACCCUGGUCUGUCCUUUGAGUAUGGGAGUUGGGACGUUAUGUUGUAGUGAUACAGGGUGUGGGUGAGGCCUUUUCUGAUGCACUGUGUCCAGUUCUGUUCCGGGAAGGAUAUUAUUCAGGGAGGGAGGGUUCGGAAGAGAUUUACCAGGAUGUUGCUGGGUACAGAAGAUUUAAGUUUCCUGUUUUUCCUUCAGAACCUGGCUUUCAUUUCUGUGUUUCGGAGCUGCAGGUUGUGAGUGCUGUGGUUCACCUGUUCAGAUACGGACAUGUUCAGUGUUGCGUAUUUUCGAGGGAAGCCGUGUCAUGUUUCAUAGUUGUGGUAUUCUUGGAAUAAACA